CCGUAGUAUUGCUUUCAUCAAAACUACCCCCGCAGAGUAAGUGACUCAUGGAUUAAAGUAUAUUUUAAGAUCAAAUGUCUAGUCAAAUAUUUUUCCAAGCCGCACCGCAGCCACUGCCCCCAGCACUCCCACUGACGACAUUGUUCGGAUCGGCAGUACAGUGACCUGAAAAUAACCCUAGUUUGCUGUUCCUAACGCGUUUUUUUGAUGAUUCCAACAGCAUAACAAGAAACAAGAUCGAUUGAAUCAAGAAUUCGGUGUAUGCGUUUGUUACUUGAGAUCAAGAUUUAUUCAGAAAGACAAACUUGAGAGGGACUUCGCAAGCGUCAUAUUUCAUACUCUGUGAGCCACUGCACCAUACUGCGGCGGGAAAUAGCAGAAAAAUUGAGAAAAAAAUUCGUAGGAAGCACGCUGUAAUAACAAGACUGAUCUAAGGUAAGGCGAGUUGUAAAUCUUUUACUGUCUAAUUUCCUGUUGUAUCAGUCUAUUUGCUUAGCAAUUUUAUCGCUUUUCGAUGAACGUCUACAUAAUGCCGGUUUAGUGUAGAACGCACUGAAUAGCCAAGACACACACGUUGCAUCAGCUGCAUUGUCGAAUUUGAUUGGAACAUAAAUCAGUUGAAUUCUCGAAUGAAUUCGCUGUAGCCUUAGGCUAUUUCAUUCACCUUCGAAAUUGGUCUUCAUUUUUAACUGAGACUUUAUUUUACGAAAAGCGACUGUGUUGCCACGUCAAGACAAAUCUCGCAGCAAUGAGCACCAAAAGUAUGCGGCCGUCAUUAGUCAUAGAGGGUUACGUAUGUCCCUAGUCUGAAUUUCAAAACCCGUCGUUUUUCAUGGAAUGUUCCCGUCAGUAAUUUACUGCUGCAUUUGAGCUCUUCCUCGCCGCUGUCGCAGUUUCAACAAUCUUUAUGUCGUUUGUCGACAUUUUAUCCGUUUUAUGUCGAUGUUUCAAGACCACGUUGCAUGUUUACCUAAAACAGGGCAUGCGGAAUGUACAGAAGACCCCGUAAGGCAUUACAUAUCUGGUUUUUUGUUCACUGUGACGAAAAGGGAUAUUGUUUUUGCCUCCUGACCUUUAUUCAUCCAGCAAAGUUCAACUGAAUUCCAUCAAGAUUUGCCUCCGUAAAGCUGGCUAGGAGUGACAUAAAUCGUUUUGUCUGAAAACACCCGUAAAGAAGCGGAUUGGAAAACCGGAAAUGAGUGCUACAUUAUUACGACGCCUGCUAAACGAGCUAUUGCAUAGUCCAGUCAAACCUGAAUUGCUGACGCUGUUUAAGUCGGUGGCUACUAUACUAAAUCUUUCAUCGUCGGCGCGGAUGACCCCUUGGUUUCUGGUUUCCGGCUCUCAUAAGACGAACAGCUCUGAUCUUGUGACUCGCUUUGAAUUAUCGUGACUGGUUCAAACAGAAAAGAUUUCUUCACGCCGGGGCAAAAAGGAUAACACAGAAAGAAGGAAAUGAUUAUUGCAAAAAUACCGGAUAUGAGUCAGCUAAAAAAAUAAAACAGUCGACUAAGUCCCCAAGAGGUAAAGACUACAAUAAACAAGUUACGAAAGAAAACUACGGUUGUUACUGGUGAAGGACAAUCAUGCGUCACUUCUAUAUCAAAAAACAUCUCGCGUUACUGAAGAGCGAAGGCAAAAAAAAAAAAAACAUACAACAGCAUUUAUGAGUCAUAAACCUCGUUUAAGGGGUAUUUUCCAAAGAUGAAUGGCAGGAUGACUGUCCCGUAUCAACUGAUUAAGUACAUUCUUUUUCCUUUAUAACAACCUAUUUAUACAGGAACAUUGCGGCUAAAAGCGGCGUAGAUUUUAACCCCUGUCAUAGCUUAUUGAACUUGCGAGAAACACCUUUAAGUGUCGUUUUUCAUUCCUGUACUCGUUUGUUUUACAUUAAAUAUAAACAAGUUAACUUGCCAGCCCAUUACGUCAAAUUCGUGAUAUGAUUUCAGCACAUAUCGGUACUUUUGAACGCCGUCCAACGCUCAGAACAUGAAAACGUGGCAAAAAAAAGUAAACAAACGACGGAGGGGAAAAGAGGAGAAAAGGUGGGAGGGAUGGAGGAGGGGGAGGGCAGGGGGAGACAAGGGGGAGGAGACGUGGGGGAGGGGGGAGGAGGGCGAGACAAUUGAGGCUCGAUUCAACCUCGGCAUCAAAAUGAGACGUUCUAACGAAAUGAGUGUACCUUAAAAGUGUAAUUUUAAGUAACAGCGAAAUAUAAUCUCGGAGCUUCCAAAUGUAGAAAGUAAAAGGCUAAAACAGUUCUUUGGACCAAAAGAACAAGAGCAACAGCAACGAUAUCGCCUAAAUUAAGAACAAACAAACAGAUCUUGUUGAAGAUGUAGACGCAAAGAGAUUCUUUCUUGUGACCGGCAGACAAGAUUAGCGCACUGCGCCUUUGACUCAUUAGAGAAACUUCUACCCAAUUGCCAAUUAUAUUGCGUUUUAAUGUCAUUUUGUUGCUGUUUAGUAGGCACGCCUUUACAACCUGAUUUACAACAGUUUGACAAAUAAUUAACCAUUACGUCUAGAACAUAAACCGUGUCUAUUACGGCCACAUUAUCAACCACGCCCUUAUCACGCAUUUGAAAGAUAAACAAUCAAAGUACCAGUUAAACAAAAUGAGGAAUAAUGAAAUCUUACAAUACUGCCGAAUUACAAACCGCUUCGUUGGUGGUAUGUAAAUCAGUAUUAUAGAAACACAAACAUCGCGCUAACUGACGUGGGUAGAAAAACAAAUCUUACAAAAAGUCAAAAAUGUUUACAAUUUGGAGUGAAUACAUUGCUAAAGGAAGAGGUGACAAAAGAUAAGAGAUAAAGAAAAAUACUUAAAACAAAAUUCCGCAUACCAGGAUUAAAGAAUGACGUUAAGCUACAGCACAAACCUACCAAAAUCUUUCCUUUGUAACUAGGGUAGGCCGACGAGUACGCUCUUUAUGAAGUACUAAGAAUAUAAUUUAAAACUGAGGGCCACUAGUUAUUCACUUUAAGUACUGUCCCGUGUUACCCUCGUUAAAUAAAGUUGAUUAUUAUUAUUAAAACUGCGAGAGAAUUCAAAAGAAAUACGGAAAAUUCAAGGCGAAGUCGUUCUGGAUGAGCAAAAGAGAGGAGAAAAAAUGAGACCUGAAAAAACCCAUGGCAGUGCGAGUCAGAAAGGAGAAAGAAAUUUAACUAGGCUGUGUCAAGGCUGUCUUCUUUAUUUUGCUAAUAUCACCAGUGUGCGUCCUUUUUCUUCACGGAAUUUCAGAAAUUACUUUUGAAUGAUGAAAUCACAGCUUCUUUUCAAGCAAAUAUGUUUCUCAAGCAUUAUAUCAAACGUUACAAACAAAGAAGAUGAUCUUUAAAAAGCUGUUUGGAUAACAAGUUUUCAAAAACCUCCAAUGCAAUCCGUUUCAAUCCGUUCUUAAAGUUUGUCCAUCCGUUCCUCCUUUGUGUCUUCUGUGAUAUUUUUACUUUCAUGUUUUGAGCAGUUAGUUUUAUGUUUCACUUAGCGUGAUAGCAGUUUCCACUGUUUGAAUUUUGAUAAAUUUCGUGACACACCUCCUUUAACUGUGGCGAUCGAUCAAAAUGCGAUUUCAGCUAUAGAUGGCAGCAAUUUACAGUCAACUCCGUCGCUUUGCGAACACUCCGACAAUACGGACAGCAGCUAAAUGCCAGGCAAAAGUAAAUUACAGACGUUUGCCUGAAAUAAACUCCCGCUAUUAUGGACUCUCGGUGAUGAGGACUCUAACUCGAGGUACCUGUAGUGUCUGCUGUUAAGAGAGUUGACUAUAAAAAGACAAAAAAACACAGGAGAAACAAACAACUUCCGCUAAGCUAUGGCUACUUUUGAUAAGCAGCUUUUAUACCGAAUUCCCUCUUUCCAGGGUCGUUCAAGUACCUUCGGAGGUCAGUAUGUACUACGACAUUCAAAAACGUGACCACUACAGCAUUUACGAAACAAUUCGUUCUUACGAACGUGAUGCAGUAAAAGCGUGGCGAGAACUAUCGAAGCACAGUACAGACAAAGUUUCUACUAAGAAAAAAUGAACUUUCUCGUCCCAGUGGUAUUUAGUCUCGUUAUUGCCGUCGAUAUUGCUAGAAUGUAUCUCUUGCUAACUGAUAAGCAUUAACGUUUUAUCCUUGGUUCUUCAGGGGCCCGUUCCUCGAAAGUCCCGGUAAAUUGUGGGGCCCGCAAAGCUGUUUUAUGUUUGCAGUGUUUGCAUACAAGACAAAAAUUUCAGUAAUCUUGAAAUCGGAUUCAAAGAAAAUGUAUUCACAUUAGGUGGAGCUAAACGUAGUGGCAGUGACAGAGAACGUAAAUACUUUCCUAUUCAACAGGGUUUGAUUUUAAAAUUUGCCUUCAAGCCCGAAAAGUUACCGGGCCUUUCAAGAAACAGGCCCCCGAUCGGAAUAACCAAAAAAAGGAUUCAAUCCUGAACGGAUAGUACGUACUCUCAGAAUUUACCAGAAGGCAUCAAGUUUUAACUUCGCUUUAUUUUUAGCUGUCGGUUUACUUGCAGCUUUAAGGUAAUUUAGGGAGGACUUCAUCACUGAAACCCGGAAGCAAGUAAGAGUUAGAACAGACGGCAUCAUAUCCAAAAUACCAACCAUGGAGCAGCGGUUUGAAUAAAAAGCAGUUCGUGAAACUAUGUGGUAAUGGAGAGGUUCAUAUAUUAUGUAAUAUUUCCAUGCUCGUGAGGCAAAUUGUGACUUUUAAGUGAAACUUCCAGGUACUUUUCAUUUUGUUAUGAUUCUUAAGGGUUUUUAAAGAGUGUUUCUGAAAGGCACGUGGAGCGUCGGUUUCUAGCUCAAAUUGGUCUAAAGGUCGGUUUGAAACCUAAUGGUUGAUCCUAGCCCGGUUUUAACAAACUUCUCCUCUAACCAUCACAUUUUUACUGAAUGUUUUCCAUGACGUUCAAGACGUAAAACUGUCGUUGUAAAUAACUUUGACUUAAAAUUUCUUCACUGAGUUAACCAUUCCUUGCUUGCACGUGGAUCGAUUUGACAGAUUACUAUUACGUCAAAGGUGACGUAAAAAGAAGAAAGCACUUAUAAUUACACGCAGACAGGAAAGCCGACAAAAACCAAAGCUAGUGAAUGGGUCAUCUGUUUAUUUAUAAAUUUAUCAAAUACUUCAUGACGAAGAGACAAAUUGUAGGUAUCUUCAAUGCUUGCUGACAGAGUACCACUCAUCUAACAAGGACGCGGCCAAAUGUUAUCUGCGAUAUCUGGGCCAAACUCCAAAGUGGUCAUUGUCAAAUCCAAUAAGAGCUUUUCAAUGCCUUCUUCUCGGACUCUACUUUUGGCUUUAAGAGAAUACGUGUACUUUGCCCCUUAUUGAUGGCUUAAGAGGUACAUAAACGAUAGGAUACCACACAAAAAGCGCUAUUUUACUCAGCUAAGAUCCUUACAGAGUGUAUAUCUAUAUCACUGCGAGCCAAACGUGCGUUUUCAUUAAAGAAAUUCUCAGUUCAAUGGCGAACAGAAAAACAGUCUUAAAUUUUCCCGUUUAUAUUUGAGAACCAAAAUAUACAAUUCAGGGGCGGUCUAGGAAUUUUUUCUACGUUUGGUCGUACUCAUUCAAAACUUUCCACUCUUCCGUGCCGUCACACACAACUUUCUACAUUGACUCUUGUGGUUGUGACAUGCGCAGUACAUUUGACAUAAUACUUGAGUACCCUACUUCGAAACGUUCGUCCUUUGUGUGAGCGGAAAUUUUAUUCGUCCUCAUUUCGUCAUUUUUAACAAGACCCAUGGUUGUAAGACAGGAUGCAACGCGUUCUAAGCGACUCUUUGGUGAUUCUCAUUUCAAUUCCAAACAAUUUCUCCGGUUGGAGACAUACAUUUCGAAGACGAAAUGGGUCUGACACUCCCCCAUUCUUCCUUGUCCGUAUUUUUCUUAGUUUGUUUUGCUUUGGUUAGUUUUUGGUGUCUGUACACACAACUGCGCACGAAGAACUUAUACCCCGGCAAAUGUUAUCUCCUAAGAAGUUCACGCAGCUUACCGGAAUUUUUCCGUCAUUUGUUUGAUCAUAACAUAGCGUGUAUAUUUGCGCCGCGACGUGUCUGAAAGAAAAAACAAACCUCGGCAACUGUUAUCUCCUACGAAAAGGCGAUAUAUAGAACAAAACAUAACAUAGCAUGUAUAUUCGCGCCGCGACGAGUCUGAAAGAAAAAACAAAAUGAUGUGCAGGCCAGGCCUUGAAUACGCAAGAUCUAGCAAGCCAGUGUUUGACUUUCUCCAAAGUACGCGCCGCGCGGUGCUGUAACAUAAAUUAUAUCGUAUGUGGGACUCGCACGCAACUACCUAAAAGCCAGUCGGAGAAGUCGAUCACUUGCAUUGUCAACAUUUCAGUCUUUUCUCCAACAUAAACAUAUUUCAACAGGGGCUUUUUUGGCAACUAUGUUUGUUUAUUCACUUAUUUUUAUUUACUAAUUUUUUUAAUGAGGUAGAGCUGAGUUAAGUGGAAUGAAUGCCAGCUUUUUGUUCAAUUUCAGCGUCUUAUGUUGCAGUGGUACAGUUUGUGACUUGUAUCAUUUUUAUUUAUUUUUUGUCAAUUUUAAUGGCCGUCAGCUGCCAGAUUUACUUUUAAGACCAAUUUGGUACAAAGUUCGAUUUUGUCAGGCUACAAAUCAGUCCACUCAUUGUGAUGAGGUUUAUAUCUUCAACGUAGACUCUCGUGUGUGUGAUACACAUUUCAGUGGGGCGUAAAUAGCAUGAGCGGAAAACCAAGGUAUGAACUAACCGUUUUUUCCUCCUCAUCAGCCAAUCAAGAACCUAAAAAACGGCCAUUCUCUCAGUAAUUGCAAAUAUUGCAGUAUAAAAUUAAUAUGUUGCAUGGUUAACAAUCAAUGGACAAGACCGCGAAAGCUUCUGAUGCACGUGGAGGAACACGCUUAUAAUCCUCCUUACAGCUGAUCAUGCGUACUACCAUAGCCACCCAAAGCUCGCAAGCAUUUACCGUCAUCAAUUUUAAUAUAUUACCUGAUUAACUCGACUUGAUUUUUGAAAGAGCAUGUAUAUGCCGUAUCGUUUUGAUAUUCACCAUUUCAGACUAAAGUUAUUGUGGCUAAAUUUCCUCAAUACUGACACCAAAAGUAAACUAAGAGACAAGUACCCACAUUUUAUAGCUGUCCUUAAAAUAGACAUAGAAAAGCCUUUUGUUUCUGUGGGAUCAAGCCGGGAUGAGUAACAGCGGUGGGCCCAUGUUAGCUGCCCGAAACGAGACGUAAUGGGCUGUAAUUUUGUAGUUUAGAUCCCUUUCACUUCCAAAAGUGGCUAAGUCAAAAUUCACCAAAAUUUACCAAUUUCACUUUGCAAAGCGCUGAAGAACAAAUAGUCCAUGGGGAAAUUCAGUAUUAACACAGAUAGUUCAUUUGAAUGGUCACACCAUAAGAUUUCGUCCACAGACUCAAACUGAGUUAGAACCGUGUUACAAGAGUCCAUCUCGAAGCUAGGAGCACAAAGUUGAUUUCUUUCAUAGAAGGAUGGUGCAAUAUGCGGUGGACAUUAAACCUUUUUCAGGAGCGACGGUGGCUCAAGCGUGGGCUAAAGUUUCUUAUUUCACUUACUUACUCAAGUUAAAAACUAAAAUCGAAGGUAACUGUACCUGUUAUAGAACCAGAAAAAUUGACCGUAAACUAGCAGGAAAGAUAAAAAUUCCAAAAGAAAAGUAAUCAGCUAGUAAUCUGGGUCUUAAAAUGUGGAGCUUGACCGGUACGUGUAAAAUAAAGUUUUGUACGUGCCAAUAGACAACACAAGCACAUAUUCAAACACGUGAACAACUCGCGAUUGCUUGACGUAUCUUGGUUGAACUCUCCUCACAAAAAAGCACUCGAGAAGCAAAGAGGGUUAAUUUUUUUUCACUUAGGAACAUAGUCACGUUUACCAACCGUGUAUAAAUUUCCCGUUCAUUACUCCGAUGUCAUCUUUAUACUUCCUUUGCAAAGCUUUGUUAAUCACCUUUUUAGACAUUGAUCUGAUUUACCUGCGUUCUAUCAAGAAGAGAUGUGGUCGGGUCACGCUUUUAUUAACAAUGAGAAUACCGAAGUCUCGCUCAAUGAGAUGUGAAACAAUAUUUAGCACAGAUCAUAAACUACAGAACAUUCAGUAAACUUGUGUACAUCAUAAACUAGAGAACUUUCGAUAAAUUUGUGUCAAUUCGUGGAUAAAGAGCCUAAAUUUGAGCAAUAUUUCAAAAUCAUUCUGUUAGUGUAUACGAUAUAGGCGAAUUGACAGUGCACGAAACAACUCCCUGACUCAACCGCGAGAUGAACGCAGCCUAGACUCGCAUCGAACGAGAAUAGCUAGGCCACCGCUUGACCAGAUGUCCUAAAAUUUUGGUAUCAACUAUUGACGUUUGUUCCAACAAUUUGACCACAACUUGUUGACUGAUUCAAAACUCAUAGUAUUUCUUAAGAAGCCGAUGAACUGAAGGGAAACUAGUUACGUUUGGCCUUGAGAUUCGUUGUGAGUUGAAGAAACGCAUGCAAGAGAGCUUAUUAUCUUUUGAUGCAAGCUAGUCAAAAAAAUUAACGUGCGCACGUUCGCUAUGGUCCGGUACUGACAGAGUUGGACCCACCUUAGCAUGUUAGCCCAACAUAGCCAGCAUUCGUUCACGACGACAAAAUGUUUUAUGAGCUGUUAGCAGAAGAUGAUAUGGUUCUGUUCGUUUCCUUCGUGUCAAAACAUCGCACUGUUUGGGGUCGUAACAGGUGACCCUAAAAUAGAUCGAGGGGAAAUAUAUUGAAAUUCACCAAAUGAGAAGCCAAGAGGGUGACCACGCCCGCCUAAUAGAGAUGACCGCUGAAUAAACAUGGGAAGCAAAUUCCGAGGGGAUUGAUAAGUGAUCCCUCCACAGAGGGCCUGCUUUAAUAGAGGUUUGACUGUCAUUCUGUACAAGGCUUCCAAUAUCAUUAUCAAGGUACCAAACCAAACCAAAACCAAGCAAACACUCUUCAGAGGGGGUGAUAAUUACAGUUCCAGGAACUGCCAAAAGCGUCCUUAACUAUAUCUUGAGGUACCUCUCGUCACUAUUACAUCAGGCCAGUCUCGGGCUAACUACAGGGGUAACAUUAACAGAAUUAUUUCUUAACGUGGGUUUUUUUGUGUGGUGCUGUGGAAUACUUAUAUACUAUAGCUUAUAUUUUAUUCUAGUUUAACAACAUUAGUUUUACUCCUCUUGUUUAUCCUAGGGCUUGUACCUAAUAUUUUUAAAAUCAUGGCAUUGUUUAGAGUUUCUCGCUUUAUUCGAAUCAGAGACGGGAUGCAGUGUGCAUAUUCUAAGCUUUUUAUUUUGCUAUUUAUGUAUUUAUUCGGCGGCGGUGGGCGAAGAUUUAAUCUUAUUUUACAUAUCCUAUAUUUUUAUGUUCCAAAUAUCCUUCACUUAACUUUAUUAGCUCAUUUCAAACAUUUUUUUUCUAAUUUGAUUUAAACUGUCAUGCGUUUUAUACAUGAGCCUCUCACUGGAAAACAUAGGGCAAUUUCUCGAUUUAUCCCUCACAACAAUUCAACAAUGGGCCCUCGCGGUGAUUUUUUAUGUAAGCUUUUUACUUAAGGAUUUUCAUUAACGGCAUAUUGCUGACAGUAUUAGCGAUAAGUUUUGUGUUUUUCUUUCGUCACGUGAAAUAGAGCGACUUCCAUGCAUUUUGCACGAGAUACUUAACAGAAUAAACACUCGAUUCAAGAAGUUUGCCUCUUUUUGGGCGCGCAGUGUAAUCGCCUUUUAACUGCAUUUUGUCUUGGGAAUCCUUCGCGAUAAACUAUGCUAUGUAAUUCAAAAGUAAUACUCAAUAUUGCACACUGAUUGUGGACGACGCAUGCGAGAUGAACAUAACUAUUUCUAAUCUGUGAAGAGCCUUCAAUGCCAUUGCAAAAGACGUAUGAUUAAAAUGUUACAUAUAAUGAGCCAAAGUAUUCACUAUAAUGACAUUUUGUUUGCUAAUUGUGAACAGAAGUAACAUUAAUCCAAAAAAACGCUGUAAACGCUGGUUACUUUGCAUCUGUACUCUAGCACGUCUUUUUCCCUCUGACCUAUUGCCUUCGACUCCCGGUCCUGAAUGGACCAAUCAGAUGAGCAGGUUUUGUCCUGUCGACGUGAUCUUCACGUGGUUUGAAGUGCUUUUAGGCCCAACCCAAAUUUAAGAGGUUCUGAAUGAGGCUUUUCUCUUAGUGGUUCCGUGUAUUACUUGUAAUCCUCAGACGUAGCUUUCAAACAGUCAGUUUAGGUCACAAGAAGAAAUAAUCACAAUAAGGGAAUACUGAUUUUCCUUUCAACAUGAGAGGAGAGAAAAGUAGAAAGGAUAACUAAGGAACCAUAUUCAUUUGCUGUUAUUGAGGCAUAGCUACGCUCUAAAAGGCAGCUUUUUCAUCUUAUUAUUUCGCUAAAAUGACAUUAUAAAGUAAGCCAUAGCGAGUAGAAGAGACUGAUUAUAAAAGGCCACACACAUCCAAGAUAAAAAACAGCGGGGCUGCAGUUUGUGUUGGACGGUUCCGCAAUGGUGUACAGUCCUUGAAUUUUUUGCGACUGAACACUCGUUUGUUAGUCAAUAAGAUCAAAAUAAUGAAAAAUAUUAAAUAAAUAUUAUGGCGUUUGCGUUUCACGUCAACCUCUUCCUCCCUAAUCAACGCGACGCCACGGUUCUCACAUGCUGCUAUUUGUUUCCAAGGAUUUAAAAGUUUUGAAUUUUUUCAGUGUUAUAUUUUGACUUCGCCCACCCUUGAAAGUAAAAUACUCUUACCAGGGAAAGUGCUUGAAAAGAAGGUUGAAAGUUGUUGUACUACUCUAGAACAUUGUCACGUUUUGUCCACAUGUUUUUGAAACAAUUUCUAACACUCACGACUACUUUAAAACCUUAUGCACUUUAGCCUACUUUCAUGGAGAAGGGUAACCGCCUUUUUAUUUUGCUGGGUCUGAUAAAACCGCAUUUUGUCAGCGACUUCUUCAAGCCAAACCACACUUAUCAAAAAUGCGCUCCCGCUUUUUUUGUCCCCACGCAGACGUUAUUUGCCUCGUCACGCAACGCUCCUCCCUCUCAAGUUUAAAAUGUCAGCCGUCCCUUCGUCCCAAAAAAUUAGAUGAAACUUUCCUUUAGUGAUAAAUACAGUGACUCUCAACUCUUCCCACUCAAAAAUGACAACUUGCAGUAGUCGAAACCUUAUAAUUUUAGCGUUAGUCUUUCUUAAACAAUGAUGGAGGUGAUACUAGACCCUGAGACAAAUGUCACACCAUCAUUUUUUUUAUGGUGGGAGGGUCGGGGGUACACAUAGAGACCACCAUCACCUUCGUGGAGGGGCUGAUUUUGUCUUGGCACAAUUAAUUUAAUCAUUUUCCUUUUUUCUUUUUCCUCUCUGUAGUGUGAGGUUCCGCUGAAAAAAUGCUGCGAGUUCUUCAAGUGGUUACAGUUUUAAGUUCCUGUUUUCUUCUCCACUUCAAAGUGGCAUUUAGCAAGCGUAAGUCUGCUAUUAAGAUAUUUGUUUUCUUUGCUUUUUUUGUCGCUAGUUUUAAGUCUUGAUCGUAGGUCAAGCACUUGAAAAUGUCAUGGUGUAUAAUACACUACGCUUAAAAAUGUGUCGAAUAUGCAAGGAAAUAAACGAUCGAAAAUACGUUGGUCCAAUAAAGUGGAAAAAAAAUUUUGUAUGGGUUACCAGCUAAAAAAUAGCAAAGUUACAACGGCUCCAGAAUUCCGCAGCAAGACUUAUUUUUAAGAUUCCAAGGUUUUAUCACAUCUCACCAAUUCUGUGUACGCUUCAUUGGCUUCCAGUAGAAUUUAGGAUUCAUUUUAAGAUUAUUAUAAUUACUUUUAAAGCGAUCCAUGGACAAGCUCCGGUAUAUCUACAAGAACUCAUUAGCAAAAGGGAGGAAAAGAGAUACAAUUUAAGAUCGUGUGCAAUGGGAAUCAUGCUUCAAACGCCAAGAACUUUAACUAAAAAGACAUUGGGUGACCGUGCUUUUUUAGCUGCGGCACCUAAACUGUGGAAUGGGUUACCAUCACAAAUACGAAAUGAGCCCAAUUUUAAUAGGUUUAAAGGUUUACUUAAGACCCAUUUUUUUAGAUUAGCUUUUUAUUACGUUUUUUUUAGGAUUAUGUAUAUAUUAUAUUUUUAUAGAUCCAUUGUUUUUUAUAUAAUAUUUUUAGUUAUUUUGGAUAACUUAUUAAUGUUGAUAAUUUACUUUCAUGUAAUGCGCAUUUGAUCAUAUUUACAUGUAUUUUGCGCAAUAUAAAUAUUAAAUUAUUAUUAUUAUUAUUAUUAAAAAACGUUACUACUUUUCUGUUUGUUUGGUUUUAAUCGUAGUUUAGUCCAUUUCUGGUUAUCGAUGUGUCAGUUUUUAAAGAACAUUUUUCCUCUAAUUGAUCAGUUCAAAUCGCCCCAAAAUAUAUUUGGGUUAAAUUAACUUCACUGACACACACAUAAGAACAUCUAAAAUACUUUCAUUGGGCAUGAUGGCCAAUAAAAGAGUCUUUUAAAAUGACUGCACAUUCAUUUUUUGAGCGGAAACUAAAACUGAACAUGCAAAAUCGCCAGACAGAAAAAUAACCCUUUUACAAUUAUCUUCUCUUUUAGUAUCAAUUUUGACUGUCUUCCGCCCAAAUCGUUUUCAAAUCCAAAUCCAGUUUAAGUUUAUUUGUGAGGCACCUUUAUUGUGAGUGAUUUUCUUUGAAAUUUGGUCUUGGUAAAAUUUUAAAAACUUAGGGACGGUCUUAGUUAUCAACCUGCGCACUUACGUUUGGCAAACGUUAUAUAAUUUGGCAACACGAGGUGUCAACUCGAUUAUGAGAACAACGUAAAUUGUACGAUUGUAUUGAUUGACUGGGGGUAUGAUUAAUCGAUUGAUGGAUGAAUUGAUUGAUGGAGUAAUGGAUUGAAUGAUUGAUUGAGUGUACGAUUGAUCGGUUGAUUAAAUGAUUGCCGAUUGAUUGGUUGAUUGAUUCAAUGAUCAAAUAUUGAUUGAUUUUCUUUUUAUUUAACAGCAGACCCUGGAACAGUUUUUACUAAAAAACCAGGCACGGAAGGCACGGUAUAUGGUAUUCAAGGCUCCAACGUGACUUUUCACUGGACAUUAGCAUUUGGCAACAACUCUGAUGACUGGAAAAACUUUAUGGAAUUGGUUUGGGGAACAACAGAGCACAAAGAUUAUAACGGAAUUGACAACAAGUACGUGACUGUCAAUAAAAAUAAGAAAAUGAAGAAUUCCGAUCUCGAUGCCUCCGUCAAAUCAAGAGUGGAUGCGACAUUGUCGAAUUGCAGUCAGAGUGGUUGUGAUGUGAUAUUUGUGAUACGAAGCGUAACGAAAAAAGAUGAACAGUAUUUUUACAAUUGUAUAGCAAUUAUUGAUUACGACGACGACGUUGCAAGUGGCCCGAUAUCACUUGUCAUUUCAGGUAAUAGUUAGUUUAGCCUGUACACAGACGUUGUUUUAUUUUUCUUUUCGUUCUUUUGGAAAACAUCGGCGAGCACGAGAGCGAGAGCAAUCGCGGAGCGCGAGAAACAAAAAUAAAUAACUUCUUCUUCCCCCACCCCUACCCCUUUGCGCUGGCGGUUAAAAAAUCCCCCGCGGUUUAUUUUUUAUCAGGCGAGCUCGACGGACGUUUCAAGAGAAAAUAAAGGGUCUGUGAACAGGCUAUAGUUAGUUUUAAACAAAUAGCCUCUGUAGCAAUAAAAAAAUCUGAAUUAUGAAACAGGCCAAUCAACUGUGGUUAAAACAGAUCGCAGUUUUAAGCACACACACCCUUAACUGGGACCGUCAACCUUGUUGCCAGUACGAAGCCCUGGAUACAAAGAUUACUGCCGCUCUUAAAUCCCCUUACACUUUUUCACGAAAAGUGAUCGGAACUAUUUUCAUGAAGGACAAUUCUCGGUGUUGAUGAAGUGUAAUUCAAAUAACUAACGUGUUAAGAUUAGGCGUGAAAGAGUAUUUCCCAUGAAGGAUAAUUCCCAGUAAUUAUUGUAAUUCGAAUAUCUAACUUGUAAAGAUUUUUGGGGGAGCGUGAAAGAGAUCAGCAUUUGUAAACAUUCGUGACGCUUAAAAAAGUGGACCAAUGUUUCUACGUGAAAGGAACCAGUGACAGAGGGGAUACCGUAAAAUUCCGAAAAUAAGCCCCGGGGCUUAUAUUUUUCAAAGGCCCUUUUUGAGGGGCUUAUUUUUGGAGUGACUUAUAUUCGGAGGGACUUAUCUACGGAGGGAAAUUUGCGUUUCAAAAUCGAUUGGGCUAGCCUUAUAGUUGCAAGUAAAUUUACCGUUUUUGCUUUGUUUUACUUUGUAUUUCAGGGCAAUUUUCCAAGUACAAGCCCCCGAGGGGCUUAUAUUUGAAGGGGCGAUUUAACGGAGGGUUUUUUGUGUUACCGGUUUGGGGAGCUUACAUUUGGAGGGGCUUAUACAUGGAGGGGCUUAUUUUCGGAAUUUUACGGUAUUAACAUUUUUUCUUUGCUUUCGCUAAUUCAGAACCUCCAAGAAUUACAAAACGAUCAAAUGCCACCAUAGACCUGGAGGAAGGCGACAAUGCGACUUUACAAUGCACCGCUACUGGUAAACCUUUGCCUUCCAUAACUUGGACAAAAGACAACAGGGAACUGCUAAACGAGUCGACGACACUUGUGGUUCCAAAUAUUGAACUUAAGGAUGCUGGGACCUAUAUUUGCAAAGCGAAAAAUCCAGUAGGAACGGCUUCUUACAGUAUUCACGUGAGAGUUGUGCGAUGUAAGUUUGCGGAAUUAAGAGGGAACAGUAUACAACGAUCCCCCGAAGGGGAGGUGAAUAGUGGUGCGAUAUACACCGACACGCAAAGCGUCGAGGUAUAUAUCUAGCGCUAUUCUCCUACCCUGAGGGGGAUAGUUGUUUUAGUAUUUAAGUGACGAACUUUGUUUACAAUUUACAAACACUCCGGGGAUUUUGACAACUGCACUUUUAAGUUUUUGUUGCAAAUUCCGCAUGAAAAUCAUUUCCUACCUACCAGUAAACACUGACAAGCCAAAGUUGGUGGCUUUCUUGGUAUUUGCUUGUACGACUGCUUGAUUUAUCGCUCAAAUUUCGUUUUUCGAAAAUGUCUCGAAACGAGACGCCAUCUUGGCUCGGGUCGCAAAACAGUGAAUAGCCAAGGAUAUUCCGAGUUACGGGAGCCAAUCAAAACGCGCGAAAAUUGCUAUUCACUGAUUUGGUAAAUACUAAUAAAGUAUAACUAGAUAUAUAAAUGUGUAUGGUGGCUAAAGGGAGGACUAACUAGGGCCCUUACCCUACCCUACUCUUACCACUCUUAUCGGGAAUUAUUACUUAGCCUCACCAUAGUUAGCUAACUAUGGCCUGACAAAUUAAGUCGUGUUUCUUAUUUAAGCCAUACUAGCCACUGAUGCAAAAACUUUUGAAUUCCCAGAUCGACCCCACAUCAACAUGACUACCUCUUCGAAGGCUGAUGAAAAAUCCUGGCUACACCAUAAGACCAGUUUAAAAUGCGCAGUUAAUGCCAAUCCCCCGGCAAAUUUUACAUGGUUCAAGGAUGACCGACCCAUCUUAGACGGCUUCAAUUCUUCUCAAGACAUAAGCACGUUAACGCUGACGCCUAAAACCGCGGGCGACUUUGGUCUAUACUCAUGUAAAGCUACAAACAACAAAGGAAGCGCGUGGCACAAUAUCACACUGGCACAACUCUGUAAGUAUGAUUCGCUCUGACGAAAGGCUACGCUCAAAUCCUCAACUCGCAGGUUAUCUGCAUUCCGGGAAAUUCUAGAAUCCUUGGCUUUGGAAUACAGAAUUCAGCUCAAGGAAUCCGGAAUCUCGGAGAAACCAAGCUUUUUUUACGAUACACCGCUAAGGUACAGAAACCACUGUGCAAUGCGGAAAUAAGAGAGUUCUGAAACUUCUCAUUUUGUGAUUGAAUGUCUUUGAUCAAGGGACCAAGACUGAAUAAGGGUUGUUGAUUUGAAAAAAAAAUUUCCAGUCUUUUUACAAUUCUUGUUGCUUUUUCCAAAUUCUGGAAAUUGCUUUGCAAAUUUCAAGGCUUUUCCAAGAAUUCAAAGAAUUCAAGGCUCUGUAUGAACCCUUUGAACUGGUACCCUAAGAAACGUUUUACUUUUCGCCAUAUUUUAGAUCCACCUGGUCAGCCCAUAAUAAGCAAAUUAGUUCCUGACAUGCUGUCAAUAAGUGUACACUGGAAUAAGUCACGUGACAACGGAGGAAGCGAUAUAUUGGAUCACAGAAUAAGACUGCUUGAUGCCGAGAACAAGGUGCAACAAGUACACCAAGGAAUACGAAACAACUAUUUUAGUCUUCGAAAUCUCAGGCAAAACAGAACUUAUGUUAUAGUUUUGCAAUCUCGAAAUGUGAUCGGCUACGGCAAGGAGAAGAAUGUUACUGUUUCAACCCUCGAGGGAGGUAAGCUUAAAUAUUUUCUUUUAGUACUUUUACAGUUUUAUGUCAUCUCAUUCAUUCCUUUCUUCAAUCGACCAAUCGUGGACUAUAUCAAGCAUUCAAUUAAUGCGCAAUCAAUCCAUCAAACCAUACGUUUAUCACUGCUGAUUAGUCAGGGAACAUACAUGAUUUUUCUUCUUUCUUUUUCUCUCUCUAGUUUGGAGACCAUUUAAAAGCACGUGAUUGCACGCAAAUUGCUCUAUGUUAAAUGAGAGUCUCAUUUUUUGCAGAUCCCCCAAUAAUCCUGGGCGUAACCGCCGUUCCGAGUUUACUUGCAGUGAACAUAUCAUGGAAUUCGACAAAUAACAAUACAGGAAUAGAGAUUUUGGAUUACAAACUUGUAAUUAUAGACACUAAAACGCAACGGAGGCGGGAGAUCUUUGGAAUAAAUGUUUCCAACCAUUAUGUCACGAAUUUAACGCAUAACACAACAUAUUGUGUGAUGGUACAAGCAAGGAAUGAAAUCGGCUACGGCAAAUCAGUGAGCAGGAACGUAACAACACUAAAAGCAGGUCAGAAAAUAGCGCAGCCUGAAAAAAAGACCAACAUUUCUAGACAAAACUACUGGUUUCCCCAUGAAAUGACGACUGAAGAGACGAGGGAAGAAAUUUCACACAGGUGAGGUGUCACUGCCCAGUUCUGGAUAGUGCUUCUGACUGGUUGAAGCAAAUUUCCCUAGCAGCUGAACCAAAAAGAAGCACUACCCAGAUCUGGGUACUGACACGUCAUCAGUAUAGAAUGUCUGCGCUCGUUCCUCAGACGAUCAUUUCUAGGGGAAACUUGUUGAAUGGCUUCGCGAAAUGUUGGCUGUUUUCUGAGGCUAGUCAUAGUAAAAAAAAAAAUACUUUUUCACUGGUAUUUUUACAGAGCGUAAAGGAGGGGUCACGGGGCAAGCCUUCCGCGCAAGAAUUAUGAAAUUUCAAGUCCUUGCAAAUGAGGUUUUUAUCCUCAUUCGAAGGGGCAAAAGUGUCUCAUUUGCUAAAAUCCAUGCGAUUUGUUUCCGUGACAAAACGAGGAAGUAAUUAAAUGAGAAAACAAUUAAGGAACUGAAUUUACGAUAUCUCGUCCAAUAAUUGUAAAUUAUUGAAUAAGGAGAACUUUUAACGAUUAACCCUUAAAACCCUGAUGUCGUCACAAAAAUUCUGCAGACUGAUUUGUUUUCCUUACAAUACGGAGCUUAAGCAACAGCGUUUUUGAGCGACGGACGUCAACCGGAAGUUGACUUUUUGCAGCACUGGGCUGUGGUUUGGUUGAAACCCUUAGGUAAAUCGUCUUCAUAGGAGAAAAGAAACUCAGCAAUACAAAUUUGGUAGUGUCCAGGCAUAUAAAAAGGGAGAAGGCCUCACUUCCGGUUGACGUGCGUCGCUCAAAAACGUCUUUGCUUAAGCUCCCUAUUGUGACUACUCGAACCCAGGCACUUCAAAGAAGAUUAUCCAAUGACCCCGUUAUUUGAAAACAAAAGAUUCUCAAGUUUUUUUGCAAACGGGCCAAUAAAAUUCAAGGCUCAACUAUGCAACCUUUGAAAACUUGAAAACCGAAUGAAUGAAUGUCACCGUUGUGAUUGGAUAAUCUUCUUCCAAGUAGCCCUGUUCGAGAAGUCACACUGUAAUGAUGUACGGAUAUUGUUUGGAGAAAAUACGUGUUGGUCACUCUCGGUAAUUCAGAUACAGCGAAUUCGAUUUCAAGUUGUACUGCUUAUAUUUGACUAAAGAAAGCGGAUCGUGAAGAAAAAUGAAAACGAAAAUUGAUCAUAUUUUUGGGUUUUUCAGAUCCUCCUGGCCCGCCUAUGAUAAACGUUGUCCCAAGCACUUUUUCGCUGGAAAUUAACUGGAACUCGUCAGUUCAAGAUAUAAACAACAUUCAAAUACUAGACUACAAGAUAAAAGUCAUAGACGGUACAACCCACAAAGAAGUUGCCCAUCAUACAGCGGUUACUAGGUCACGACUCCUGGUAAAACAUUUGGUGAGAAACAGGACUUAUACUGUAGAAGUACAGGCCCGAAACGAGGUUGGGUACGGAGCAACAGCAAACAUCAGUGCAAAAACACUUUUAGCAGGUAAGUUAAACCACGGUAUCAAAAUAUUAUUAGCCCUCCCACUUAUCAGUCCCCCAAGUUAUAGGCCCAUCUACUUGUAGAAAAAAUAGCAUCCGGCUACAAGCCCCACCGGAUAUUAGAGAGCUUUAGAUUUGCGAACGAGUACGAGUACGAGAUUUUUUUUAACGCGUGUUCUAAAAAAAAGCACCCCGGAAAGUUUCAUUUUACUUUUCUCCCCAACAAAGUUAGUAGCGUUAUUUAUACUGAAGGAGGUUAAUCCCUCUCCCAAUAGCAAAAUGAUUAAACUUCUUACAUUUGAUAACUUGUUCCCGCCACUACGACAUUCUCGCUAAAACUCGUAGUAGAGUUACGACGGCUACCACGUUUUCCCGCCAAAAUGACGCUGGUUCUCGCGAGAGCACUACUCAGUAUUGAGAAAAUCUCGUACUCGAAGUCGUCCUCGUCUCAGAAUCUAAAGCUCUCUAAUAAUCCCCCUCCAAAUGUAUUUGAAAAGAAUUCCAUAUUUUUAGGACGUUUGACCCUUUUAAAAUUACGAAUCAGUCAAUGCAAACCGCACUUUUAAAUCAGCACUGCUAUAGUUUGCAUUAAAGCACUGUUUCUAUUCUGGUUCUAUUCUUGGCCCCUCCGUUUACAAGAUUUUUACUGUACAUUUACAGUCAAAGGUCUUUUUUUUGCAAUAACAGGUCCGCCCGAGGCUCCAUUGAUAACAAACAUUACUGUUAAUGGAAUUCGAUGCAUUUUACAAUGGAAAAAAUCGUACAAUGGAGAAAGUCCUAUCCAGAUGUAUUCAGUAUCCGUCUGGAAACUUUUAUCGGCUAACAACGGUUCACACUAUAAGGAUCGCCUAGGUUCCUGGAACACAAACGGCACGAACUUCACUUUAGAUGUAAAGUGGAAUCAUUAUUACACGACGUCUGUCUCCGCGUGGAACAAGCAUGGUCAAAGCGUCUCUAGUGCGGAGAGGCAAUUCAAAACAGGUAGAUUCCCUCAAGGUAUAAAGAAUUCAUCACGUUGAUUGAAUGUAACUAGUUUGUUUGUUUCUCGUUUGUUUUUGUUUUGUUUUGUUGUUUUCCAACGUCAGACCAACAAGUAUAUCAGUUAACAGCGAAGGUCCACACCGGCUGGUCACUUCAUUUUGGAAUAUGAAACAAUCGAUGAGAUUCCGAGUUCAUAGUCCAUUCAGCAGAUUACUAGAUCGCCAUUCGCCAUAAGAAUGUCACAAAUGAUUAAUCUGUCACCAUUUAAUAAGUUCUUAAUGUCGCCUUCUUUGGGAAAAUUCAAUGUGGAUCCUUCAAUCCAAAAACGGAAAAAAAAAUCACGCUGCAAGUGGAUUCAUUAGAUCAAAUCUAAAUCCGUACACUGGUUAAAACCACGUCCAUGCAUCCUAUUUGUUCACCUUCAAAUAACACGAUUUCAAAUUUGUCAUGCUCAAAAAAAGACUUGAAUUUUGCUUUGCAGAACUACAAACAACUCCAAGAAACACAGAAGUAUUCUCAACUAUCCCAUCUGUUAUAGAUGAAGGUAGGUACAAGAACAAGUUGCCAUCAGUGUAAUAAGGAGAAUAUUUCACCGUGAUCCCCUACACUGGGGACCGGUCAUUAUUUAUCGCCGGGGGGAGCGUAGGAUAUUGGGGGGAUCACUUGAUUUUUAGGAGAACAAAAGGUGGGAUCAGUCGCAACUGAGAACCCAAAAGGAGGGAUCGCUGAAAACUUUGGAAGGAUUCAGAGGGGGGACCACUGAAAUUUUCUUGGAAAAUGAAGACAUGGGCGGGGCGGGGGAUCGCGAAAGUCAUCAAAUGUUAUGAGGGAGGAUCACUUCAGUGAAGUAACAUUCAAAGGGGGGGAUCGGCUAAAUUUCACCUUGUUUAGCCCCAAAUCCUCCCCCACCCUCCCAGGCGAUAAAUAAUGACCCGUCCCUAGAGCUACACCCCAUAACUGCGAUUUGUGUUAACAGUCUUCCCAACAAAGGUAAAAUUGUAACUUGUAAACCUAUAAAUUGUUUAUCCACGGAGCACUUAGAACAUAAGAACUCGUUGAAACGUGUCGGUGCGGUUUGUUUUUAAGGAGAGGAAGAAAACCGGAGCACCCGGAGAAAAAUCUCUGGGAGCAAGGGAGAGAACCAACAACAAACUUAACCUACAUAAUUACGGCGUCGACGCCGGGAAUUGAAAACGGGCCACAUUUGUGGGAGGCGAGUUUUCUCACCACUGCACCGCCGUUGCUCCCCGGUGACUAAAACAUUGUAGGCUGUUCCAUGACGUUACGAAAUCUCAUAGAUUGUUUGAUGAAUUUAUUUUUUUCAGAUACAAGUUCCACAGUGGAGGUCGCCUCUCAUUGGACGAAGCCCCGUACAGUUUCUCAAGGUACUUCAACUACUGAUGUCACUUAGGCCUAGGCCAAACGUCAAAACUUUCACGAGAUUAACCAAACUUUGUGAGUUAAGUUCAUGAAAAGUUCGACGUCUGGCUCAGUCAAGGUUGCCUGAAUGAGUUUGGAUCGUCCAACACGUAACGUCUGAAGAUCGUCUCCGGAAAACUUGAACCUCAAUCUUCACAUUCGACGAACUAAACUAAUAAAUUAAAAAUUUGUAUGAUAAUGUAUAUUUAGCCCUGUUAGGCUAAAAUUGUUUUUGGUUCGACGCGUCCUAAGUUUGACAGACGAUCUUAUGAAAAGUUCGAAGUUUGGCCUAGCCUAACUCUAACGGAAAUUCGGCGGCAUUAUUGCAGCAGACAUUAUCGAUCAAAAUCACUUUUGCAUUUCUUUUCUUUUAAUCUUAUUAAUGUUCUCUUGCCUUGCUCCUUUCUAACUUGAUAAAAUCCAAGAUGGUGGCCAUUUAUGGCCCUGGCGGAAUUUUCGCGUCAUAUUACGUCAUCAAAUGACAUCCUUUACUACCCUAGCCUAGAAUUUAUCCGAUGCCCUAUGGCCCUUCACGUUCCCUUUUAUCUCAGAACGUGAAAAGAUGAGCCCGCUCUUAGUAAUAACUUAACGCCGUUACUCCUUUGUAUCCAUUAGUUAAGAAAGAUCGAUCAGGCGCCAAAGAAGAAGUCAAGAGAAACACUUUUACUUACCUAGCACCAUUGUGGAUUGUAAUCUUGGCUUUCGCGGUCCCUGCCGUUGUGUUCAUGCUGUGGAAAGGAACACAAAAAAGUAAGUAAGAAGGUAGUAGAUAAGCACUGAUCCCCAACUUUGACGCCGAAUGCAAUGAUCAAGGCCACGCAUGCGCAACUGUCACUCCAAAUGCUUUUUUUGUUGUUGUUUGAUGUCUCUUCGAAAUGCUGUCUUUAACUCUUAAGAGGCAAGGCUACUUAGAAAUCUAACAGAAUUCUUUCUAUCAAUUAUAUAAAUCCAGCAAAAAUGACCUGACCUUGUUAAAUCCUUUCACUCAAUACAGUGGCCAAAGUUACAACUCGCAGAAAUUUAAAUUUCCUUUCGUAAAAUCCUAAGAAAUCAAAGGAUCGAAUUGCUCCACGUUAAGGCGAUACAACCCGACGAGGAUUCCGAUUUUUUCGAUUUGUUACAACACUGUUGCCCUAAAUAUUCCUGUCUUGUAACACCUUUAAUGGAGUGGAAAUGAAACCUAUGAAAGUCUACGCACCGUCUCCAAAACAUCUUUGGUUUUGCAUUACACAGAAUCCAUCAGAGUUUUGAAACGUGAGGCAAACAUCCCAAAAACACGCAAUAUCACUGUAACAUGGCUUUAUGCCGUUUUUUAAAUAACUGUAUAUGUUCUUUCAUAGUUAUGCGACGCUGCAGAAGACCUCGAUUUCAAAGGCGAAGGAAGUUUCAUAAGUGAGUAUGAUAGAGAAAUGCCACUUGUUCAAAGCAAGACUAACAUAAAAUAAGAGGUCUAACUCACAGACUGUCCCUCUGAUAGUAGUUACAGAAAAGGGUUAUCCAGUAUAAGUGUUUUGUAGUGUCACCGUGUGAAAAUUCUGUCUUCGCCUUGUAACGAAGUGUCAGUGCGAUGCCGCUCGUUAACCCUUUAAACCCUAAGAUCAAAAUUUGAAUUCUCAUUUGUUGCCCCCAUUCAUUUCCUACAGAAGUAGUGGGGAGAAGUCGAUAAAAUAUCAAGCAAAUUCAUCUUGUGUGAUCAUGUCCAUAAUUCUCAUGACCACUCUGUUUUACACAGCAUUGAUUUUACAAAGAGAAAUUUGAUGCUGAUCACUCUUGGGGCUUAAAGGGUUAAUUAAGGAAUGUUGUUCCACCUGACCUUCAUACAUGACUUUUCGUGCUUUCAAAACAUCACAUCUAUUUUCUUUCUAGCAGAGACAGUGAGUCUUCAGCAACAGUGAUCUUGGAUGAAGUGCAGGCUAGAACGGUAUAUACUUCUUUUAUCAUAAUCAGUCUUACUCGUUAUUGUGAUCGUUCUUAUUAUUAUUAUUAUUAACAUUAUUAAUAUUAUCUACAAUGAUACUCUUCACAUGAGGAAAUUCGUCCUUUUUUAGAUGGAAUAUGCUGAAAAUAGCAAGAACCACAAAAAAGAGUAGAAUAUUUUUUUUGGCUUUUUGUAACAUCCCUUAUUCUUCUCCAACCUGAAAGAGAGAAGUUCUGUUUCUACUUCCUUUUUAUAAUGAUUUCGUUAUUUACUCUCGGCAGUAUUUAUAGCACUAAUGCUGCCUCCAUUUCUCGUUUCUCCCUUUCAAUUUGCGAUAUAGUCGAACUCCGCUUAAUGGACACCCACUUAAUACGGACACCUAGUUAUUCAAGACAGUUUGCUUUGUCCCUGAAGAAAGAAAGCCCUUACAUUUCCCGAAAUUCAACCUGCUUAAUAUGGAUACCCCGUUAGUAGGGGCACUUUCCUAUGGCCCCCCUCAGUGUCCGUACACAGUAAUUUUCAAGGAGUUAUAAUAACUCCUCCGGUGGGGUUAAUUUUAAACUCCUUACAGUUGAGUUAUUUGGGGGGAGUUAUUUUAACUCCAAAAAGGAGUUUAAGGAACUCUUUUUCAUGAAUAAAAAUCACCCUAGAUUUAUAGUUAGUAUAAUUAAGGAGUUUAAAUAAGCUCCAAAAAGGAGUUAUCUUGUACCUAAAAUUUUUACUCCACUUUCAGAGUUAAAGUAAUUCUAAAAAGAGUAAAAACAACCCAUGGAAGGAGUAAAAAUAACCCCUUUUUCUGAGUUAUUUUAAAUUCAGACUGGGAGUUAAAAGAAAUCUUUUUCAGAGUAAAAAUGACCCCAAAUUUGGAGUUAAAUUAGGAGUUAAAGUAACUCCAACAAAUGGAUUAUCAUGUACCUAAAAUUUUUUCUCCACUUUUGGAGUUAUAAUAACUCCCUAAAAAUUACUGUGUAUCAAAGGGGUUUAACUGUAUAAUUUUAAUUAUGUAUAUCUUGCUUUUUUCACAGGAAGCAAAUCAUUACGAAACAAUAACAGAAAUCGUUGAAACACAGUUAAACCACGGAUUCACGAUGGCAGACGAGAAAAUCUCAGGCAAUGAUUACACUUUAAAGCAACCUGCCAUCCCAGGGUACAAUGCGGUGUACAAUCAUCUCUUCGAGACAAAAACUGGACCAAUGAAACAAACCAAUCUGGAAUCAGGUCUGGGAAUGUUCCCCAAUGACGUGUAUUCUCACCUUAUUCACGGAGAAACUUUCACUGGUAAGAGGGAGCAUAAAGUACUAAAUAGAAGCGUCCCAUUGGCAUCUAAGAGUGAGUGGGAGAUAUCUCGGGAGAGACUUCAGAUAAAGGGGACGAUAGGUCAUGGCGAGUUUGGACUCGUCAAGAAAGGUUUUGCUUUGGAUGUCAGUAAGAAUGGAGGAUGGGUGCCAGUUGCAGUGAAAAUGGUAAACGAAAACGGUAAGUUGAAGUAAAAGAUAAAUUGUGUUAUAUGAUUUGAAAUAAUAUAAUUAUUUGCAAUAAAACACACCAUGUGUGAAUCGUUGUAAUGAGGCGGUCAUGCCAAAGGUGCCCAAUUCCUGAGAAGUCUGGAGUGAGGGUGAAAAUGGAAAGACUGGGGAGAGUUUUUCUCUAUUAUCAGACAUGUGUGGCUUACACAAAGAGCAAGCAAACAAUCCAUGUUUGAGGUCUUUUGUCGCUUACUGGUCAUUUCGCUACAAGUCAUUACUCUACAAAGUCGCUUCGCUACAUACCGGUAGUUAUUUUGCUAUCAAGUCGUUUUGCUACAAGUCGUUUCGCUGCAAAAUGAAGUCGAUUCGCUGCAAAGUCUGUGCCUUAGGAAGAGUGGUAUCUUACAAAAAUAAACUGACCAUUUUGUAGACUACCCUAUGAUGAAGAAUAUGGGGAUUCUCCGCCCAAAGGGCUAGAGGGUCUUAAGGAUAUCCACCAAUUAACUAACCAAAAGGCCAUGUAGCUUGCAUGGCAGGCAUUUGAAAGCGAAGGGAACCUUUCAAACGAUCUUGAGGAGAAGCACCAAACAGAUAAUUAACAAUUAUUCCUCGAGCCUGAAUGGGCUCUGAGUCAAUAGCCCAUGAGGCCGAAGGCCAAAUGGGCUAUUGACUCAAAGGCCAUGAGGGCAAAAGGAAUAAUUGUUUUAGUAAAAUCUAACAAGUUGGUCAAAAUUUCGAGAAUAAAAAAAUGUUAGCUAGUUAAAGCUAGACUUUAAUCCUUUUUUGCCGCCAAAAAGCACCGCGCUUUUCGCUACUAGGAGGGGGGGGCUAUAACAUAUAGCCUAGUAGUAGCUCAACCAAUCAGAAUGCGGCAUUAAUAAUAGACCACUAGUUGGAUUUUACUAAUUUAGUACAGUGAUUUUGUUACCUGUGCAUGCACCCUGCAUCCCUGACACAUAAAAAGCGCCAAAGACACAAACUAAUUCAAGGCAUGAGACCCAUGGGACGAAAAGAUCGAUCGAUCCAUCUGAAGAUGCCUUCGUAAACUAUCCCGUUUGAGUGAUUUCUGUGGCUGUUCUUGCGGCUGUUGUUUAAUGAGGUAUAUUUGUUUUAGUCUUUGUUAUGCUUUAUGAUAGAAGGAGUUUUUUAUUCCAGUUAACUGUAAUACAGAGUUUUGGAGUCUGUCUUCAGAUUAGUUGUCUGCAAUUGUCUGCAGUAAACAUAACUUCUUUUAAGCAGAUUAAAUGGUCACUUACCCCUUCUCAAAGGGAAGCCAGUUGAAACAGGUUCAAUUGUUUUCAGAACAUUUCUACAUAGUAGGUAUAGAAGAGGCUGCCAUGCUUUUGGCAUCGGUUCAAUUCAACCAGCGUUCCAUUUUCUAUAGAAGUCACACAAAGGAAUACCUUUUUGCUAAUGGUGUAGACCUUAGGGGAGAUCCCUCAUUUACCCCCCUUCCUCUCUUCCCACCAGCUGCAGGUGCUUACCUCUGUACACCAAAGCUUUUCUACAAGACGUUUGGUUUGGAGUAGUGAAGUGUAAAAGGUGAUAUAAAAUCAAGCCUACCUCAUUAACCGAGGAAUUUAAGGUCCAAAUUGUUCACUGAGAACCUGUAACCCACAAGAUUCGUCUAUAGAAUUGUCGUGACACAAUUUGACAAGUUCAAGUAUCGUUUCGUAUUUCGAGUUCGACGACUUAAGGAAUUUCGUCUCGGGAACACUCAACAGUAUGGCGGUAGACUGACAACAGCGAAACCAACUUUCAAGGAAUGAUAUAUAUGCCUCUUGGCCACCUCUUGCCUCACCGAACGUAUUAAAUGCAGCGUAUUUUGCAAGUUUUCCCAUUGCAAUUUUCAGAUAAUGAGGCCAAUUAUCCAUUGCAUUCCCUUGGGGUGCAAACAUGUUAAAAUUCAUCGAACUUCAUCACUACUUGAAUCGACUGUUGAUCAUGUAAAUUUCCCGCCAUUACUCGCGUUGGCAAUACUCUUAAUCAGCGGCUUUCACUUAACUACGCAACUCUCGCAACUCCUAUAUGUUACACUCCGCAAUCAGUCCUACAAAUGCAGUAUCCUUAAUAAUUAUCUUUAAAAAAAUCCUUAAUAAUUUUUUUUUCCCAUGUUUUAAUCCACAGAAGGGCCACAUGGCAUUUGUCGCAAAAAUCUGCUGUCUGAACUCAAGGUGAUGAAAGAACUUUCACCUCACAAACAUGUCGUACAAUUAUUGGCUUGCAUAACGAAAUCAGGUAUGGAUAAGUUUGUACCAGUUAGAGUUUCUUUAGGAGGCUUUUAAAAGAGGGAGGCGUUGAUUCUCAUAACUAUAACAAUCUCAACAAGAAAUAUAUAUUAAAAGAGUUUAUAAAAAUAGCGGAAUAUCCAGUCCAUCAAUCAAUACGUUUGGGUCGUCUAGAGAUCUAUAUCGCUCUUCAAAUCUCACCAUCGCUCGGGAUCAUUUAGCCUGAGAAAACAGCCGACAUUUGGGGGCGCUACCACUGGUUUCCCCGCCCAAUGAAGUCUGAGAAACGAGCGCAGAAAUUCCAUACUGAUGACGCAAGAGUGACACGUCAUCAGUAUGGAAUUUCUGCGCUCGGGUCUCAGACGUCAUUUGGCGGGGAAACCAGUGGUAGUGUCGUCAAAUGUCGGCUGUUUUCUCAGGCUAAGGAUCAUUGUGUUGACAUCGUUAGUCUACCCCUGCCUUGAACUUGACAUUGAACAAGAUAGAAUGCGGAAACCCCUAUUAAUCAGGCAAGAAACUGACUAAAUUGAAUGAUCUUGCUCCUUUUUGCUAAUUCCUAUUGUUUUGGAGUAAAUUGUCAUGAGAGGGGCGGGGCGUCUAUUAGACAGGAGGCGUUUAUUGGAGAGGGGCAUCUAUCAGAUCAUUUACGGUAAUUGUUUGCCACAUAGGUUCCUGCGUCCGUGGCUUCAAUUUAAAAUUCAUUCAGUGAGGUUCUCUUGCUUUAACAGUACAGUAGCGUACAGUACUGAUUGUAUUGUACUGUACUGUAGUUUCCCUUUUACAAUACUGUACUUUUUCUGUUUUCACAGAGCCUUUGUGCGUGAUUACAGAGUUUGCACCUUACGGCGACUUGUUAGGUUUCUUGAGGAAAAAACGCGGCUUCUCAGAUGGCUAUUACAAUAUCGAAUACCUGCCACAAAGGAACCUUACCUCUAAAAAGCUGAUGCAGUUUGCAAGCGAAAUAGCUGAUGGAAUGGCAUUUUUGAGCUCGGAAAAGGUUUGUAUUUUCUGUAUAUUGUGGUUUUAUGGUAACAGGCCUCACAGAGUAAACAAAAUAAAAACAUUCGGCAUUUCACUAAAACGGUUUGCAGAUUCAUACGAGGCAGUAACAUUCAUGUGUGAUAUGGAAGCACAAACUACAAAAAUUCCUUUCAGGUUGCAAAAGAUCCUUAGACAAACAAUGAACCCAUCCUGAACAACUUUUCGAUCCAUGUUGGUGACCUAUGAAGUUAACAUUUCUUUCUUUGUCUAUUUUACGAUUUUCAGAUAGUUCACCGUGAUUUGGCCGCAAGGAAUAUCUUGUUGGGUGAAAAUCUAACAUGUAAAGUAACAGACUUCGGAAUGGCAAGAGACAUUCGUGAGAUGGACAUGUAUCAGAAAACCACUGCUGUAAGAAUUCAAGGAAUAGGAUAAACUGUUUACGUAGUCACCCUCUAAGUAAAGCUCACACUAACAAACAGUUUUUCAAAAGGAGACGCGCGGGUGAAGAUGGAGAACGGAAUCAGAAGACAAAAGCAUUUCUUUCCUUUCUCUCCCAAACUUCCACGCAUAUCCUCGAAUCUAAAUGGCUACAGUGACAUAGCAUUGAGACGAAGCAACUGAUUCCAACAAGGCCUUUACAGAAAAAAAGAAAAGGCCAUCAAAACAAUUUCAGUCAAUUUCACUAUGAUGGACUGAUUCGGCUUGGAGAAAUCACGUAGCGACAUGUAUCGAAAAUCUGUAGCCCUUUCUAAAGAAAAAGCUUGCGGAUUAACCCUUUUUAAACUUGCAAGGUCUUGCUAGAAAUUCUCCUUUCUGCCUGCCAUAUAUUUCCUUGGUCACUAGUUAAGAGAACUUGCAUUUAUAUGAAGAUAAAAUCCUUUAGCUGAUGUAUUUGCCUAUUGUUAUCACCUGUCCGCCGGAUCAUGUAUUGAGAUAUUGUAAGGAGAAGUUGCAUGACAAUCACUUCUGGCAGUUAAAGGGUUAAAAGUGGGUCCGUAUGGGGUUACUUGAAUCCCAGAUAUCGGUCCGAUUUUCCUUCGGCGUUGUCUCAGCUAUCGUUGCAAAUGUUAGCACAACUUUCAGCCAUCAGUUAAAAAUGUUCGGAUUUUUGAGUUGACAAACACAAUCCAAAGCCGCCAAAAAAUAUCCGAAAGAAUAUCCCAAUAAAUCGUUAUUCGUAGAAAGAUACACACCUUAAUUUUUUUAAUAAUAAAGAGAUAAACGGCACCGUCCACAGUUUUGCUAAGGAAUAAAGGUUGACACGGACACGCUUUGGAAAAAAAUGCAUAUGUAAUGAGUAGGUGUUGCAACGAUUUACAACGACUACCGACCUAAAAUAACUAAAAUACACCACAAAAUAAUGUUUUAAAAUUGCUUUUAUGUCGUUUAUCGUAGGGACGUCUACCCGUGAAAUGGACAGCUCUAGAAGCUCUGUUGCACGGACUUUACACAACAAAAAGCGACGUGUAAGUUUCUUGCUCUUCAGCGAUAUAACGAGUGGUUAGCCUGCGCCUCUAUGGGCGAUUUAGUUGCUAAAAGAUGACUGGCUUAGUCAUUUUACUUGCCUUUCGCAUUGAUCUAGUCAACGUAAAAUUUCAGCCCUCAAGUGCAAAUUUAGUUUAGCAGACCAAAGCCUGAUUCAGCUUCUCGUAGAGUUCAGAUGACCCCAAUAUACAGUGUUCCAUGGUAUUUUGUUGGCAUCAUAAAGAUAUUUUUUCGACCGUGAAUUUGCUAGAAUCCUUUGGCUAUCUGUGUUAUUUAAGGGACACUGUCGCGAGAAUUCUCCCUAGUUUUUGCAUAAAAUUUGGUAGAAUUAUGAAAGUAGAUUAGCUGAUGAAGCGAAAGACAUCAAUUCAUUCUUCAAAGUUAAAGGAAACCUUGUAAUUCAGGUUAUUCUUCUUUGUUUCUUUUUUUUUUUUUACAACUGACACGUUAGAGGUGGUGAAAUUCCCACACAAGCCGAGAAGAUGCAUGUCGACUUUGAAAGGUCGAGGUCUUUGCACGCAGCGUGUUAAACAUGACAACGUUGACCACCCACCUAAACUAAACCCUUAACCAGAAUGCACAAUGGAGUCUUGAAAGAUGGUUUUAACUUUUGAGUCCGUAAACGAAACCUUAUGGUGUUACUAUUCAAAUGAAACCUCUUUAGCGCUACUUUCACAUGGUACUCUUGAUCUUGUGAUUCAGAAUUUUACAAAAUGAAAUUUGGCUUUUUUUUGUCUAGUUUUGACUUUGGCCACUUCUGUUAUUAGAGUUUGACGUAGUUGUGACUUUUAGCACGACCACGCCAAUAUAUUAGAUUUCAGUCAAUCAAUAAAAGACUUCCGAUAAAUUUUUAAGUUACUGAAAUCUUUGAAGCAUUACCCCUUUCAGAGUCUCACCCGACUUAUAAUCGUCUCAAUGUGGCUCCAUAUCCAUAUCCGAUCUCCUGUAUCAAUUUUUGACAUCAGUUGUAUAACAUUUUGUUAAGCAAAAAUUACUCAGCAUUUUGUAAAGACAAAGUUAAAAGAGAUUUAGUAUUUGUAAACUAGGAUAAAAGUUCGCGAAAAACAUUCCUGCAAAACACCAGCGUCACUGUCAGUUACAAGAUUGAAUUAUAAAAGAUGAAAAAAUUACUCAUUUAGCUGCCAAUUGAGCGAACUAAGUGACUCCUUGGCCAAGUUAUGACGAUACUAUUUGCCCCUCGAUCUUUUAAAUCUACGAAUGAAAUCCUGUGGCGUUAAAAAUCGAAUGAAAACUCUUUCGUACAACAUUUCCAUAGCACUAUUUAUUUCUUAUACGAGUUUACAAAAAGAUUUUUUUGGGAAAUUUAAUUUCUUCUCUGAGAAGAGAAAGGGCUAAUAAAGUGGUUAUUAAAACAUUCCAGUCGUUCAAUUCGUGGAAUUAAUCAUGUGUUUUCUUUUCUUCCUUUUUUUUUUUCAAUUGACAGAUGGAGUUUUGGAGUCGUAUUGUUUGAGAUUGCCACCAUGGGUAAGUGGAAACAACAAGAUCAAAUGCAUACAAAGAAUAAGUUUCAUUUUUAACUGACAUUUUCCUGACGUAAUAUAAACCUUAUAAACAAGACGACAACACUUUCCUGCAUCUUUCUAUUGAAGAAGGACGAUAAGAAGGCCAGGAGGUUAAACCACAACUGCCUACUUAUUUUGCUUAGAUUUACACGUAAGAUGUAGCAUUUGAAAAAGCAGAAUAAUCGGGAAGCCGAUCACGACUCAACCACGCGUUGAUAAUAGCGGCCUUGCAUAGUUAACAAUGUUGCAAUAAAAUACACGUACUGAAGUUUUGCGUAUGUUUCUAGUGUUUCUUCGUUUGUCUCCUGUGUUGUUGCUGUCGACCAGUUCAGUGAAUCGACCUGUACCUGUGCCAAUCGCGAUGCAAAAAAAGUGUCCAAAUCUGGCUAAAAAGAUUUAGCAUUUUUUAAUAUGGCUGCCUUUCAAGCCGGCAAGAUAGAGCCAAUCUUAUGCAACGACAGUCUAGCCGACUGGGAAAGGGAAUUAUCACGCCCCCUUCGAGAAGUCUCUUCCCAACAAAAAAAGGACAAAAAAAAAGGACUGUAGUAAAGUAAUUCAACGAAAAGAACAGACUCUUUUUUCAGUCGAUGAUCAUUUUAAAAAGCUGGAUACAUAAAUUAAUCACUUCUUUCAGUUUUGGAAACAUAAGAAGAAAUCAAUACUGAUUGCUCAAAAGUCUCGAUUCUUUCCGUUGCUUGUGGAUAGCCGUGUUUAAAAUGUUGUCGGACACUCAAGAGUCUAACUUUGUACGUCAAAUUGUUCAAAAUCUGCUUCUUAACUUACUAUCUGUUAACAAAUGUUGGCAGAGUUUCACAGUAUCGGCUUCAGUGUUUUUCAAGAAUUUGUUAAAAAUGUCAGGAAUUGACAUCAAAUGACGCUUUAAAAUUGUCGCGAUGCAUUCUCUGUUAUCAGGUUUCCCUGGGUCGCGAACUGUUGGCCAAAAUUUAAAGCGUUGCAUUGAUUUUGCUAUCCUCCGUCUUAAACGCCGGUUUUAGUUCCUCAAGUACAGCAAUCGUAAAACUCAAUCUGAUUUCCCAAAUAAGCUUUCUACAUUCUCUUAUGUGAAGAUCUACGUCUGGUUAAGUUGAACACAAAGAUUAUCUAAGUGACAUACCUUCGUUUCUUCUUGUGAAGUUUAACUUCUUUCGCUCUGUUGUUAUUUCUGAAGUUUAUCGGUGGUUUUAUACUUCCCUCGUUAAAAUCUCAGUGAAUAUUUUAGUGACGUUGUUAACGGCUUCUACGCCGGCAUGGGCACAACAGAUUAAGAGACAACAACUACUACCACUUCUGACAACGUAUAAAAUAAAAAUGUAAGCGCUGCUCGUUUAAGUUCAAAGUCCGAUCUUGCGCCUGUCUCGUGCCCACAAAUCGGCGGAGUGCAUGUUAAGUUUUCCUUUUUCUUUGUUUCCCACAUCACAAAACGGAAAUGUGAAAUCGAAACGAUGUGAACUUUGGAGUCUUAAGAAAAAUAUCUUUGGGGUGCCCUUGAAGUGUUCUUUGUCCAAAAAAAUCAGCUUUUCUUCCUGUGAAAGGAAAAAUCUCUGUUAUUCCGGCCAGAAAUGUUAUAGACACUUGCUAUUCCUAGUAACCCGUUUUGUGAAAACUUUGAAAAUAACCGUUGACCCUGGAAAUAUUUUCGAUAAAGGUAUAUUUCCCUACAUGUUUGCUGCCGUACUUAUUAACUCAACUGCCAUCAGUACUAGAGAUGUGUUGGGGCUUGUUCUAUCGCUUCCGCUGCGAUUCAUCUUGAGGGGGGAGAGGAAAAACUGGGAAGGUUAUAUUUUAGUGUUAGCGUCAUUAGACCCUCCCAUAACGGCGACUUUUUAAGCCAUGUGACGUAUUCUGACAUUCGGGCGUCCACAUACUAAUUCCAAUGUUGUUCUUUUUAUAAAGGAGGUUGUCCUUACCCCGAUUUAGAAGUACUCGACCUGAUAAACAAACUGGAAAAUGGAUACCGAAUGGAAAAACCGACGCAUCUUUGCGAGGAAUUGUAAGUAGAGUUUAUAGUCUAAAUAAUUGUUUGCUGAACUGAAGUAUAGUUGUUGGCGCGAACGCGCUUGUUUUAAAAUAGCAAUCGGUUGAGUGGACAUGGUCCAUAGUUCAAAUGAUGCACGGUAUAUGUAUGUUUGAAAAUGGCAAACUUUUCAACUUUUCGUCACUUUACAGUUUGUUCAACGCAUGUUAUUUUAACUCGUUUUGUCAGUAAGGAAAACACAAGCUUAUGAUUAUAUCUCGUGCGGGAAACUUAAUUAGAUGGGACAGAUAAAACGAACAGUAUGAAACAGACUUUCAGCUUUUUAAUUCGUGUAUAUUUCUAUUUAUGUAGAUUUUUUUUCGGUUACGAAUUAUAGCAAUUAAGAUUUCCCUUCAGUUGCUUUUGGUUAAAUAUUGCGCGCGUCGUUUUUAGGAAAACCGAUCGCAUAAAUCCGAUGAAUUCGAACGGUGGUUGAAGGAAAGUUGCCAUUCAGCCGAUGAUAAGCCUUCCCGUAUUUAUCCCACAACCAGCACUGGGCACGUACGAUCCUCCCCCGCUGAUACGUAGUAGAAUGAUAAGAUCCGAAGCUUACCGAGGUAGAAUUCAAGGAUCCCCGAGGUGCCGACACCCUUUGUUUUUAAAACUAUUUUACCCCCCCGACCAUGUUGUGCCGGUGAGAUGCUGGUUUCGUCAUUUUAACUGUUAAAUUUGUCGACAAAAUCGUAUGGUGCUACCAUUCAAAAGAAACAUCUUUUUCAUUAUAUACCUGUUGUGUUACUUUUGUACGGAGCCUCCCCGUAUUUACGUAUAGGCCAUCAUAGGCAGUAUUCCCCGGGAUUUAAAGGUCCCUCUUUAAUACAGUUCACCCUGGCCCCUAUUACUCUUGGUCCUCAAGAUGGAAACGUGACUUCAUAUAAGUCCUUUCUUUUUCAUGCUGUUGAACUUAACCUUGGUACUUAAGGCGGCCCGAUUCAGACGCCGAACUUUGCAUGUUCGAUCAAGAGCCGAACCUAAUUCUAAUUAAGGCCGACCCAAAUUAUUUAGACGGGCUGAAUUGACUCAGACGCCUCUCACCCUUUUUUUUUUUCUUUUUCUUUUCUUUUCUUUUCUUUUUUUUUUUCACGCAUAAGGAUGGAAAUUUAAGCUUUAUUUCCUUUGCAGAUAUUCUGUCAUGCUUUCCUGUUGGAAUGAAGACCCUGGAAAACGACCAACUUUCUCAUUACUCUCCAGCACGUUAAGUCAAUUGAACAGGAAAAAUGAGGUACUAAAACAGACAAAUUAAAUAAAAGGAAGGAUAAAGCUAUUAUAUUAAGGCUUUUAAAUCAUAGUACAGCAUAUUUUCAUAACUAUCAUGUACGGCAGAGGGACUGCAGCCAAGGGAUCAGGUAUAAAGGGAAUCAAGAUUCCGAAUCGCGGGAAAUUUUUGCUUGUGCAAUCCGAAAUCCAGGAAAUUUAGUCUUGUAAAACGUGGAAUUCUGGGCUUUGGAAUCCAGAAUACAGCUCUAAGAAUCGGGAAUCCCACUUACGAUUGGAAUCCGGAAUCCACGGGGUGGAAUUCAGAAUCCAAGACUGUCUUGGAUCCCCUUACAUUUGGCGAAAGGGUGGAUUUGCCCAAAAUUUCUGCCAUCGCUAUGCAGUCAUAGAUUUUUGAGUAAGCUCCUUUGGUACUCUUUUGACGUCAACCAGCUCGUCUCCUCAGGCUCUCGUACUGACGCGUGACGGAAAAACUUGGUGUGCUCGCGCUUUUUUUUUUUGGGGGGGUUACUCUGCUGUGUUUGCGAGAAGGACCAUCGAUAGUUAAUUCACAUGUGUAAGCAAGGACCAGCGUACAAAACAGAACUAAGGUCCUGAAGAAGAAAGGCAGUGCCUUUCGAAGUCAAGUUCCCUUUUUAAUACUGUUAAAUCAGCGUUGCUAUUUUUCGUCUAUCCAUCAUUAGUAGAAUUCGUCUGGAUAUCUAAUUAAGUUUUAAUAAUGAAAUGAAUUCGUUAUUUUAAGAUUUAUACAUCAGAGUAAAACACACCUAUUUCUACCCCUCUAGGACUGCAUUGACCUCAAAACCUACAACGGAAAUCUCUACGAGAACUUUCAAGUGCCUUCUAAAUGAAGCAUCCAAGGAGCGGCUCAUCUCAGCCACAGUCGGUGAUUUUCCAAGUCUGCAACGCCGGCAGCCUACAGUACUUAUGUAAACGUAUACUGUAGUAUAUGAAAUUGUUUUAUUUUCCUAAGACGUAAAAAUAACAGUUUUUAAAUUAAGACUAGUCAGUAAAUAAUAAUAUAACUGAGCUUUGUCAGUGAAAGUCUCAUGUCUCAAGCCAAAAACGUGCUUGUAAUUAGAAUCUAGCAAAGAGAAUUUUUCGUAAAAAGGAGCUUUACCGAGAAUAUUUUUUAAAAAAAUUAAUAACGUCUAAUUUGGAUCAGAUAAGAUGAG